GACGUGCGGCGGCGCUUCCGGAAAGAUGGCGGCCGCGGGCGCAGCUGCCGAGCCGGUCCCGGCGACGGCGGCGGCGGUGGCAGCGAAGGACGACGAGGAGGAGGAGGAGGAGGAGGAAGAGGAGUCGCUGCCGCCGUGCGAGGCCGUGCGCUGGGCCCCGGUCGGGGCGGUGGCGGCGGCCGAGGAGGUGGGCGCGGCCCCGGGCUCCCCGCCGGACUCGCCUGGCCGGACGCUGCGGCGGCUGCGGGCCGAACGGCGGCGGCUGGACUCGGCGCUGCUCGCGCUGUCCUCGCACUUCGCGCAGGUGCAGUUCCGCCUGCGCCAGGUGGUGCGCGGGGCGCCGGCCGAGCAGCAGCGCCUCCUGCGCGAGCUCGAGGACUUUGCCUUCCGCGGCUGUCCUCACGUCCUGGGUUACGGGGGACCCGAGGACCCCGCCGGCGACGAGGGGGACGGGCUGCCGGGGGACCGGCCGCGGUGGCGGGGCGAGGAGCAGAGUGAGCAGGAGAAACAGGAACGCCUGGAAACUCAACGAGAGAAACAGAAGGAACUGAUACUGCAGCUCAAAACCCAGCUGGAUGACCUGGAAACGUUUGCCUAUCAAGAAGGCAGUUAUGACUCCUUGCCACAGUCCAUGGUCCUGGAAAGACAGCGGGUGAUCAUAGAUGAGCUAAUAAAGAAACUGGACAUGAACCUGAACGAGGACCUCAGCUCACUGUCCACGGAUGAGCUUCGGCAGCGUGUGGAUGUCGCUGUGGCACAAAUUGUCAACCCUGCCCGAGUGAAAGAGCAGUUGGUCGAGCAGCUGAAAACUCAGAUCCGAGACCUCGAGAUGUUCAUCAACUUCAUCCAAGAUGAAGCGGGCAGCCCUGUGCCGUCACAGGGUGGACACUGUGAGUGCAGGGCUGCAGGGAAGGCAGCAAAUGGCGCCACCAGGACUGGGAGCAGACGGCCUCCAGGAAAUGGUAAAGCAAAGGCAGACGACAUGAAGAGGGCCCAGGAGACUGGGCUGCACCUGAUGCGCCGGGCGCUGGCCAUGCUCCAGAUCUUUGCCGUUAGCCAGUUCGGUUGUACCACUGGCCAGAUCCCACAAACCCUGUGGCAGCGGGGCCAAACUGACACAGAUUACUCACCCUUACUCAAGAGACUGGAGGCAUCCGUCGACCGAGUGAAGCAGCUGGCCUUACGGCAUCAGCCACAUGGCCAUGUCAUCACGUCAGCCAACCUCCAGGACCUUGCUCUGGGAGGCAAGGACGAGCUGACCAUGGCCGUGCGAAAGGAGCUUACGGUGGCGGUGAGGGACCUGCUGGCCCAUGGACUAUAUGCCUCCUCCCCAGGGAUGAGCCUGGUCAUGGCCCCCAUUGCUUGUUUGCUGCCUGCCUUCUCCUCAGCCCCAGAGGCCAUGCACCCCUGGGAGCUCUUUGUCAAGUACUACCAUGCUAAGAACGGCCGUGCCUACGUGGAAUCCCCAGCCCGGAAGCUCUCCCAGUCCUUCGCACUGCCUGUUGGGGGAGGCACGGCUGUGACCCCCAAGCAGAGUCUGCUGACGGCCAUCCACAUGGUGCUGACAGAACACGACCCUUUUAAACGCAGUGCAGACUCAGAGUUGAAGGCCUUGGUGUGCAUGGCACUGAAUGAGCAGCGUCUUGUGUCCUGGAUGAACCUCAUCUGCAAGUCAGGGUCACUCAUCGAGGCCCACUACCAGCCCUGGAGCUACAUGGCACACACAGGCUUUGAGAGCGCCCUCAACCUGCUCAGCCGCCUCAGCAGCCUCAAGUUCAGCCUCCCUGUGGACCUGGCUGUGCGCCAGCUCAAGAACAUCAAAGAUGCUUUUUGAUGAAAACACCCUGGCCCUGGACCAGCACCUUGCUCAGUUGGGAUACAACAGCCUUCUGGGGUAGGAGCAGGAAGGAGGGAAAGGGCAUCUUUCCUUUGCCAAAUGACUCAGUCUAUUUCCCCCACCAGCUGAGUAUAUUAGAAAGAUAUGCUGGGUACGCUUUUGUUAAAAGAUUCUGGCCCAGUAUGUCAUCAGUGCAUCAGGGCACAGAUAUUUGGACCUAUGGGAAAAAAGCAGUCAUUGGACACAGUUAAUACACCGACUCACACCAUGACUGUUCUUACAAAACCUAUUCACUCCUGUUUGUGGCAGUGAAUGACAAUAUCAGUUGAUCUUGAAAAUAGUCAACUUAAGGCUCUGGUUAUUUCAGAGGCAUCUUUCCCCACUUGAAACAAGUAUUAUAGCACCCUAAGGCCAGAAUGUAAGUUCCUUUUCUGAAUACCGAUGCCCCUUUUUCCCUGACAUAUGGAUAGCCCUCUUUGAUUCAUUCCCUCUAAAAGAAGGACUGGGGGAGAGGGAGAUAAUACAGCAGGUAGGGUGCUUGCUUUGCAUGCAGCCUACGCAGGUUUGAUCUCCAGCAUCCAUAUGGUCCCCUGAGCACCAUCAGGAGUGAUCCUGAGUGCAGAGCCAGGAAUAAACCCUAAGCAUUGCCAGGUGUUGCCCAAAACUCCUCCCCAAAAAAACAAAAGUAGGAAUGAGGGUUUAGGAGAGAGCUCAAGUGGUAGAACCCAUUCAUAACAUGGUGAGAUCCUGGCCUUCUAAGGACCACUGGGUGAGGCCCUUAUAAAAAUAAACAUAAGGUGAGGGAUGGGAAUACCCACCAACAGAACUUCUACAGGAGUUAACCACAAAUUGGUUUGAAUAGGAGCUGUCUUUCACAUAGAGGUGAGAACAAAUCUAGGUAGUUCCCUUCUCAUGACACAGAUCACAGUCUGGGAACUGGUGGUUUAUGAGGAAUGACAAUCAUGGUCUGUAGCAUGUCCUUUGGCGAGGACCCUUUCCUCUCAUCACCUCCUAGGGUGAUGGAUACAUCUUACCAGAAGUAAAUGUGUUUGUGCUACAAUCAGGAGUAAAUGUGUUAGAGGUGUACUCCUUGAGACUACCCUUUCCCCCAAGUCAAAGACGGAACAGAAUGCACAUUGGUGAUGUAGUAACUCUAGGUACACAUGCCUGGAGCCUAGAGACUGGAUGAUGGAGGAGGAAGUAUGGGUCAUGUAGUAGGAACUGCAGCAGAUCACUAGGGACAAGGGUCUAAGCAUCUCUUUGUAAAACUGAAUCUACAUCCAUCCUACUUGAUAAAAUCUUUUAGGCUUUUACCCUGUGAUGUUCUUAGUUGUCAUGCAGUUUGCAUAUUGCUCCAGGACUGACCAAAGAGAGGCAAAGGGUAUCACUUUAUGAAAAACCAAAUGGGCUCGGAAUAUUACUGAGUGCUGUUUGUGUAUUAAGUUGCCUGCUGCACUUUGUGUCUGCACAAUUACAUUUUAGUGUAUUUUAACUUAAUUUUGUCAAAAUGUUAUUUAAUAUGUAUAACUGAUAAUUCAUUCAAUUAGGUCUGUAUGAAACAGGAUGAAUGUAAAACGUUGUGAGAAAUUUUAUAAAUAUAUGUGGUUGCCAAUAAAAACAUAGUAUUUUGU